AUGCUUGGAACUGGCUUCACACCACGUCAUAUUGAGGCCAAAAUAUUCCUUCCGCACGGUGUCGGUCGUUCUAUGUACGGCGUUUUCGACGAGACUGGCCUACUGCAAUACAGUCAGGUCUUCAUUCAGUACUCUUCAUCAAUCAAAAAACCGGAUGGAAGGCUGAGGAUAUAUACAGUAUACCAGCCUGCCUUAAAUCAUCUAUUCGACGUCGUAGUUUUCCCAAAGCAUGGUCCUCGCCCUCAUCCCGAUGAGAUGGCUGGAAGUGAUUUGGAUGGUGAUGAGUAUUCUGUAAUAUUCGAUCCGGAUAUUUACUUCAAUCAGAAUGAGGAGGCAAUGACGUUCCCGAAAAGUUCACCAGACGACUUUGAAUAUGCUCCAACAACCGAAGACAUGGUAGACUUCUUCCUCAAAUAUCUUCGUCAGGACUCCAUCGGUAGAAUGAGCAAUGCUCAUCUUAUAAUGGCAGAUAGGAAAGGCUUGUUCGAGUGA